AUGUACAAUCACUUCACCGUCCUCUUCCUCGCUCUCUCGGUAGCCUCUGCCGUCCUUCUUGUGACCAUCGGUCAUCACCGAAGGCGUGCUAGUACCUUGCCGCCUGGUCCGCAAGGAUGGCCCCUGAUCGGUAACAUCUUCGAUAUGCCUACCACGCAACAGUGGAAGAGAUUCGCAGAAUGGGGCCAGAGAUGGGGUGACCUCAUGUCCAUAAGCUUGCUUGGACGACGCAUGGUAAUCAUCAAUUCGUCCCAAAUUGCCAUGGACCUAUUCGAGAAGCGGAGCUCGAUCUACUCUGCUCGGCCGACGUUCGUUGUUGCGGGAGAGAUGGUAGGCUGGGAUCGUAUAGGUUCUCAAGUGCAGUACGGUCCCAAGCUUAGGGAGACCCGUCGACUGUUUUCGCAAUUCAUCGGCACUCGCGAGAAGGUAGCAGAUCUUGCGCCUCUCUUCGAGGCGCAGACCCAUCGCUUCCUCUUGCGCACCCUUCGACGGCCUGAGAACUUGGUCGCACACAUCCGUCAGACCGCAGGCGCUAUAAUCCUCCUCCUCGCGUAUGGAUAUAAAGCGGAGGAGGACGAUGAUCCGUUCGUUCGCAUGGUGCACGUCGCGGUUUCCGAGGCGACAUUGGCUCUAUCUCCCGCCGCGUUUCUUGUCGAUGUCUUCCCGUACAUCAAAUACGUCCCUUCGUGGGUGCCGGGCCUCUCGUGGAAGAAGCGCGCAAAGUCGAUGGCAAAGAACGUGUCCGUCAUGUGCAAUAUGCCAUUCGACUUUGUUGAGCAGCAGAUGGCAGCUGGAACUGCAAUCCCUAGCUUCACCUCUCGUCAGCUUGAGCACAACCUGAGCCCGGAACGCAAGCAGCUCAUCAAGGAUGCAGCGGCAUCACUUUACAUCGGCGGGUCCGACACUACGGUGUCAUUGCUAUCCUCUUUCUUCUUGGCCAUGAUGUGCUAUCCUGAGGUGCAAAAGAAGGCGCAGAUGGAAAUCGACACAGUAGUAGGCACUGAUCGGCUUCCAACCCUUGCCGAUCGAGAUAACCUGCCAUACGUGAAUGCGUUAUGCUUGGAGGUGAUGCGCUGGAAUCCUACGGCUCCUAUAGGUUUCCCUCACGUGCUUAGUGAGGAUGACUACUAUGGAGAGUUUUUCUUCUCGAAGGGCACGGCAUUCAUUGCCAAUAUAUGGCAAUUCUUGCACGAUACGCGGACAUACUCUAGUCCAUCCGAGUUCAUGCCCGAACGAUACCUUCCUGCUCAGGAUAAAGUUCCCGAACAAGAUCCUCGUGCAUUUGUUUUCGGUUUCGGGAGACGGAGUUGCCCGGGCCUUCAAUUUGCAGACGCGUCGAUCUUCGUCUCUUGCGCCAUGUCCUUGGCCGUUUUUGAGAUUUUCAAACCUGUCGUCGAUGGCGUAGUAGUUGAACCAACUAUCGAAUGCACCAGUGGCGUUAUCAGUCACCCAGUGCCGUUUGAGUACAGCGUCAAGCCCCGAUCUGCAAAAGCUGAAUCCCUCAUUCUGAACGCCGAGCUUAUCCGUUAG